GGUUUGGACUUGGAGGCGGUUGUUGAGGGGAAAACAAAAGUGCCCCAAAAGGGGCUGGAGGACUUGAGGGUUUCUUUCGGUGGAGAGACACCCGAAGAGGCGCACGGGGGCCCCGAAGUGGCGGCGGCCGACUUCCUGAAAAGGGCGAAAAAGGGGACAGAAAAAAGAUGA